CUUCUUUCCUGUGAAUAAAUUAAUUGCAUAUUCAUUCGUGAAUUACAUAAUGAAAAAUGUAAUGAUUAUUUUUGUGAUUAAAAAGCAUGUCGCUGUCACUGAUAAGAUUAAUUGAGAUUAAAUAGAAGAAAAAAGUAGAACAUAAUCGAAACAUGGGUGGUGUUACAAGCCGAUAAAGCAGGUUGUCCCUUAGCCACAGAAUCAGGGUAAUGUGAGAAAGGUGAAAGGUCAAAAGCAGUACGGGAUAUCGACUCGUGGGAACUCGUGAGGGCGAGGUAACCUGGCAGCGGGUACGGGGGAGGUACGAUUCCAACGACUUACGACGCUGAAUCUGAACCUCGUUAGUUACAAAAGUGAUGUGAAAAAAUAACUGCUACCAAUGAUUUAAUCUAUCCAAUUUGCUUUUUACAAACUGAAAGGGAACUAAAACGUAUUACUCGUUGUAACUGGUUUCACCUCGGGCUACACAUAAAAAUCGAACGCGGUUGCGUCCGCAUGCGUUCAGCAGAACGUAUGAACCUGAAAAGUGUCUCAACCUUGGAAGGAAAAACACACAGGAAGACGAUGCAAAGGGAUCUAAACUCGUAACAGAAAGAACGCCUGGCCCGAAGGCGUUAAACCGGGAAGAGUAUAAUCGGGGUGCGAAGCGAUGUACGCAGCUGCGGGUGGUGCCAGUAUAGCGAACAGGAGGAAGCAGAAACGUUUGCAGCUUAACAAACGCGUCGCCGAGGGUACGAUCCCGUCGCGGUUGAAGCCGGUCCCAGCGGCUUCUUCUCAGCACCACCAACACCAACACCAACACCAACACCAACAUCACCACCACCACCACCAUCCCAGCAAGUUUGCUCGUCCGCACGUUGUUCCACCAUCUUCCACGCAACAACCACAACCACCGUCAUCUGCAUUCCAUCCGAGCAUCGAUCGACGGCGUCAUGUCGAGAAGUGUCAGCAGGUUGCACCGGUAUCACCGAUCCAAUUCCCAAUAUCACCUCCACCGUUGUCUCUUGAAUCGCCUAGUUCGGUCACCUGCGCCACUAAGUCCAAUAAUUUCCCUUUCCCGCCACCAUCGAUCCUUGAUCUCCGAGUUUCGCCAUCUUCAUUGGAGCUACAGUGUGGUGGAGGACCUGGUAAAGCAGCAUGGCAGGGGUGCAGCAGACCUUCCCCCCUUCCUUUGUCUCCUAUGUCGCCUCACGGAUGUCGUGGAGAUGGUUACAAGACAAAGCAAUGCGAGGCUCAUCGACGAUGGAUGAAAAGAAACAGGAUAAGAGACGCAAGCUAUUGCUAUGGAAGCAGUGGAGAAGAUGACGAAGAUGAUGGAAGCAGUAACGCAAACCGUCGUAGAGGAGAAGUUAGUGCGGCAGUGAAUACCGUACUUUAUGCGGGGCUGGGAACUACAGCGCUCGGAUUAGUUAUCUCGUUUGUCGGCACUGGAGAAAAAGGAUUCCUCAGUCCGGAAUUGAGGCUGGUGGGUCCUUCGCUACUGUGCGCCGGUUUACUGUGUUGCCUAUUUCGGGUGCUGCUCUGCCUCUGUUUAUGCCGUUGCGGUCAGUGCCGCUGGCGGUUUUGCCACGUUGCUUCUGACAAAAAGGAAAAAGUGAGGAAAACGGACGCGCGUCCGGCUGGAACAUUACCUACCGCCUCACUUUUGUCACCAGCGCAACAACAGCGACAACAAUCAGCCAUGCCUUCGAGUGGCGCUGCAUCAUCAUCAACAAAAGCACACGAGCUCUUGCUCUCUCCUGCCCAAUUACCAGAGUGAAAACAACCAUUAUGAACGUUUUCUACGAGAAUCUACACGCUGAUUAACUGCCGGUUCUUGUCUAAAAUAGAAUAUCUUGUUUCCAUUCCGACCUGAACCGUUUUCGCAAACAAAAAAACACAACAAACCACCACAGCCUAAAUCCUAGUUUAAUUGCGAAUACUAGAGCUUUAAAAAAUAAUAGUGAAAUAAACAAUCGGCUAUGUUUUUCUACCCCUACCGUGUUUAAAAAAGUAAACAAGUAAUUACUAACGAG